GCACUUUUGCUGAUUGAUGAUCUGAGCUCUCCGACUCUACUAAUCAUCUUUACAUUCAAAUAUUUCUGACAGGGUUUUACCUCCACAGUUCCAUCUGAUCCGUUGUGGGUGUAUUUGAGGAGGUUAACUGCGUUCUGCUGUAAAGAUCAAGGCAUGACUGCUGUCCUGUUGCAGGUGUUCUCCUGCUGUCUUGCGUAUGCAGUGUAAGUUUACCUCCACAAGAAUAUCAAGAGAUCCAACUGGGAUGAAAUCAGAUGAAAUUAAAUGUGAGGAUGUCGAACCCUCAGAGAGCUCCAAUCAUCACCAAAGCUCAUCUGAUAUUUCCCACAUGAACACCUCUCCCAAACCAAUUAAACAAGAAAUUCACCACUGCUCAUUGUGUGGGAAGAGUUUCAGUAAAAAGAGUUAUCUCAAACAACACCAACGGAUUCACACAGGAGAGAAACCGUAUCACUGUUCACAGUGUGGGAAGAGUUUUACUUGCCUUAGUCAUCUCCAUAACCACCAACGCAUUCACACAGGAGAGAAACCGUAUCACUGUUCACAGUGUGGGAAGAGUUUUACUUGCCAUAGUCAUCUCAAACGACAUCAGCGCAUUCACACUGGAGAGAAACCGUAUCACUGCUUAGAGUGUGGAAAGUGUUUCACUCGAGAUGACAGUCUACAAUUACACCAACGCGUUCACACUGGAGAGAAACCAUAUCACUGUUCACAGUGUGAGAAGAGUUUUACUUGCCAUAGUCAUCUCCAACGACACGAGCACAUUCACACCGGAGAGAAACCGUAUCACUGCUCACACUGUGGGAAGAGUUUUACUUGCCUGAGUCAACUCCAACAGCACCAGCGCAUUCACACAGGAGAGAAACCGUAUCACUGUUCACACUGUGAGAAGAGUUUUACUUGCCAGAGUUAUCUCAAACGACAUCAGGGCAUUCACACAGGAGAGAAACCAUAUCACUGCUUAGAGUGUGGAAAGAGUUUUAAUCGAGAGUACAGUCUCCAGCAACAUCAGCGCAUUCACACGGGAGAAAAACCGUAUUACUGUUCACAGUGUGAGAAGAGUUUUACUUGCCAGAGUCAUCUCCAACGACACCAACGCAUUCACACUGGAGAGAAACCGUAUCACUGCUAACAAUGUGGGAAGCGUUUUCGUAACCAGAGUAAUCUCCUAAAACACCAACGUGUUCACUCUGGAGAAAAGCCGUAUUGCUGCUCACUUUGUGGUUGUAGCUUUGCUUACCUCUGCAAUCUCCAGCAACAUCAGCGCAAUCAUCCCCAACCAACAUUUUUCUGAAAGCCUUACAGAACUCUUUUGAGAUCUUGGCAUGAUGACGCCACAUACCUCAUUAACACAGGGACCACCAGACACUAGAUAUGACAGGGGUAUAAAUAAUACCGGUUCCACCUGCACUCCCUAAGCAGGUUCUGACCACAGGCACCCAAUCUUCAACACCUGAUUCACAUUAUAUGCAUUUGAAGGUGUGAUGCAGUAUAUGUAGGGGUGUACAUGCUUUUUCCAUGUCACUGAUCUGGAUUUUUUUUGUUAAUUUAAAUUGUAAAAAAUUAUUACAAAAUGUCAAUUUUAUGUCAUUUGAUGGAGUGUAUCACCUUUAUUAAUAGGUACUGUUUCAAAGAGGAUCAAAUGUUUGCUUGUCCAAAUAUGUAAAAAAAAAAUAAAUAAACAAACAAACAAAAAAAACAAAUUCUUCCAUGGGGUGUACUUUUUUCACAUGACUGUACAAGGAGUUAUACACAGUAUAUUAACUGCAGUCAAAAGCUUGGUCAUAAGCUCCGGAGCUGUGCUUACAGACUGUAACAACCACCACCAAUGGAAAUUUAAAUAAGCCUCCUAGUUGCAAGAACAUCGUUGUAGACUCCGGUGAUUUUUAA